CCAGCAUCUUUCCCACCACCGAAGUCAGGCUAACUGGCCUGUAAUUCCCCGUUUUCUCUCUCUCGCUCCUUUCUUGAAAAGUGGGAUAACAUUAGCUAUCCUCCAAUCUACAGGAACUGAUCCUGAAACUACUUUCUAGAUCCUGAUCUACAGGAACUGAUCCUGAAACUACUUUCUAGGUCCCUACCUGGUCGGAGAGGCAGCUUUUCUCCGGGCUGCACCGUCGACCCGUCCUCGCGGCCUACCAGCGGGCUUGGAGCGGCGUUUUCCUGUGGGACCGCCCAGCACCUUCGGCUUCGGUGGCGGCACAGCGCUGGAGCGCUACCGCGGAGCGGAGCGGGCGAUGCCUUGCCUGGGUCGCCGCGCUGGAGCUCCGGUGAGCUGAGACCGCCGAGAAUAACAUCGCGGAGCUGCGGGUCUGUGGAGCGGGCAGCUGCGGGUGGCGUCUUUAACAUCGGGAGCCUGGGAUCUCUCGAUGAGAUCGCCAGUGAUGGAGCUCCAACCGUCGCGGCCUUGUCGGCUUCGGAAGCUGCGGUCUCCGGUAAGGAAGCGGCCGUUCCAGGUGUCGCAAGCCGCUGUGAGGACUCUCCCGACGCUGGAGCAACAGCACCCGGCGAGAACGGCCUGGAACAUCGGGCCUCCGUAGAGUCAACUGUGGAGGCCUCAAUUGGCCCGACUAUGGGUGAACUGGGGAUGGGGACUGGACAUUGUGCCUUCCCUCAUAAUGGAAACCAUUGUGGGGGAUGUUGUUAUGUUAAAGAUUCUUAUUGUUCCGUUUCCAAGAUGGCUGCCGGAAGGGAGAGUGAACGCUGGCGCGAUUAGCUGCCGCUGCUCUCUCUUUGAAUUGUGUAUUGUUGAUGUCUUUACUAUUUAUUUAUUUUAUUUUGUUGUUGUUAUUUUUUUGUUUUGUUUCAUCCCGCUUACAUGUUUUGUAAUCUGUUUACUAAAUUUUGUUAGGUGUCAUUGAGAGUCCUUGAAAGGCGCCCAUAAGUAUAAUGUAUUAUUAUUAUUAUUAUUAUUUCUCGCCUAUUGAAAAUUUAUUUCAGUUCCUUUAUCCCCUUAGAUCCCCUGUCCUCCAAUAGAUCCGAAGUACCUGUUCAACUCUUCUGCCAUUUCCUUGUUACCCAUAAUAAUUUCACCCGUGUCUGCCUUCAAGGGACCCACAUUUGACUUUGUUACUCUUUUUCCCUUAACAUAUCUAAGGAAGCUUUUACUGUCCUUCUUUAUAUUCCUGGCCAGCUUCCCCUCAUACUUCAUCUUUUCAGCCCGUAUUGCCCGUUUUGUUUCCUCUCUGUUGUCCUAUGAAAGUUUCCCAAUCCUCUGACUUCUGGCUACUCUUUGCUGUGUUAUGCAUCUUUUCUAUCCCUAACUUCUCUUGUCAGCCACGGUUGCCUCCUACUCCCCGUAGAAUCUUUCUUCCUUCUUGGAAUGAAAUGAUCCUGCGUCUUCCGGAUUAUGCCCAGAAAUUCCUGCCAUUGCUGUUCCACCAUAAUUCCUGCUAAGAUCCCUUUCCAGUCUACCUGGGCCAGCUCCUCUCUCAUGCCUUCAUAGACCCCUUUGUUCAACUGCAUCACUGACACUUCCAAUUUAACCUUCUCCUUCUCAAAUUGCAGAUUAAAACUAAUAUUAUGAUCACUACCUCCAAGUGGUUCCUUUACCUCGAGUUCUCUUAUCAAAUCUGGUUCAUUAGACAACACUAAAUCCAGAAUUGCUUUUUCUCUGGUCGGCUCCAUUACAAGCUGCUCUAAGAAUCCAUCUCGGAGGCACUCUACAAACUCUCUUUCUUGGGAUCCUAAACCAACCUGAUUGUCCCAGUCUACCACAGUGGCAUUACCUUUGUUACAUGCCAGUUUUAACUCCUGCUACAACUUACACCCUACAUCCGGGCUACUAUUUGGGGGUCUUGUAGAUGAAACCUAUAGAGUGAUUUCACGAAAGGUCACUGGAGCGUAGAUCUGCACCCACGUGACCGAAAAUCUCAAGUGGAGGACAUGCUAGACAUCCGGUACAUGUUAGUGGAUGGGAAAACACGCACUUUCCCACCCGUUAAAAACAUAGAAAACGGCCAGGUUUUGAUCUGCAAUUUAUUGUGCCAGUCGGGGUGACCGUGAGGCACAGCUACCUAGAUUUACAGUAAAAAAAAAAGAUAGAAACUAAGGUAAAUUAAAGAGGGAGCUGAAGGUGCCAAUCCAGCGGAAGUGAACAGCGGACAUUUGCCGUGGAGAUUUAAAGGUCCAAAAUAUCGGGAAUUAUCGCGUUUGCGUUUGCUCGCUGAAUUUCAUCAAAAGUAAGGCAUUAUUGCACCCUAUUAGUGUCUUCUUGCCUUUACAAUUCCUCAACUCAAACCACAGUGACUCCACCUCGUCACUCCCUAGUCUUCCUUCGCAAGGGAUUGAAUUCCAUCCCUCACCAGCAGAGCUGCCCACCUGCCUGUCCUUUCUAUAGGAUGUAUAACCCUGAAUAUUGGGAAUGCUGGUAGUGUUUUGGCGCUGUUCUUGUUUUGUAUAUAUUUUUAAGAUUCUGAAUAAAGUUUACUUUUGGGGUAAAAAAAUCUGGGUUCCUGGCCAAGUACUGUACGAUCCUUGACCUUGAAUGCUUCCUCUUUUUUGUGUUGGAAAGGGGCAGAUUUGCAGAGGUAUGAAAAUAUACCUAUGUCGUAAGCUUGAUAUUAUUUUACUACACCAUACAAAAAAAAACCUUUAUGGAUGUCAAUGUUCAAAGACGGAAGUACUUUCAUUUCCAUUGAUUUCCUUUCAAACAAAGGCACGGACUGAAGAACGAUAAGACUAUCUUUGGGUAAGACAGCGCCGCGCCGGGAAUUAUAGCGCGUGUUCUGUGCCCGGCGCCAGGAUUCACCGCUGGAACCUGGUGUGAUCUCCGGGCACCGACCUGACGCCGGAAAACCCGGAGCAAAGGAGCGAGUUGGCAGCUGACCAAAGAGAGCGGCAGGAAAUAACAGGGCAGGCUGACAAGUAGGACCGGCAGCUGCAACACACCCAAAUGGAGCCCGUUCACAGAGAAGACAAACCGAACCCUUUGGCAACGGCCAAUAUCUUCUCCACUGUGUUUUUCUGUUGGCUAAAUCCACUGUUUCGAAUUGGUUAUAAAAGGAGACUAGAAGAAAAUGACCUGUACAAAGUUCUUCCAGAAGAUCAAUCUGAGAGAUUGGGGGAAGAAUUGCAAAGGCACUGGGACAAAGAAGUCCAGAAGGCACAGAAACAAGUUCGAAUUCCCCAUCUAACAAAAGCCAUUCUAAAAUGUUUCUGGAAAUCAUAUAGUAUUUUGGGUGCAUUUACAUUUUUAGAGGAAAUAAUAAGAGUUGUUCAGCCUAUUAUGUUAGGAAAAAUUCUUAAUUAUUUUGAAAGCUACAAUACGGAUGAUACAGAGGCUUAUAAAAUUGCCUUUGGAUAUGCUGCUGGUCUCGCGCUUUGCACGUUGUUUUUGGCAAUUCUACAUCACCUGUAUUUCUUUCAUGUACAAAGGAGUGGAAUGAAACUAAGAAUAGCAAUGUGUCAUAUGAUUUAUAGAAAGGCACUACGUCUAAAUAACGUUGCGCUGACAAAAACGACCACAGGCCAGAUUGUGAACCUGUUGUCCAAUGACGUAAACAAGUUUGAUCAGGUAACCAUAUUUCUACAUUUCCUAUGGGUUGCACCAUUGCAAGCGAUUGCAGUGAUAGCACUACUGUGGUAUGAAAUAGGACCAUCUUGCUUGGCUGGAAUAGCUGUUCUACUUAUCCUAAUGCCAACGCAAACUAUUUUUGGAAAGUGGUUUUCAGUUCUGAGGGGCAAAACUGCAGUGCUGACAGACGACCGAAUUCGAACGAUGAAUGAGGUGAUAUCAGGAAUGCGAAUCAUCAAGAUGUAUGCCUGGGAAAAACCAUUCACAAGUUUGGUUACACAAAUUAGGAAGAAGGAGAUUGCCAAGGUAAUGCAAAGCUCUUACCUGCGUGCGUUGAACAUGGCCUCAUUCUUCAUAGCAAGCAAGAUUAUACUGUUCUUCACGUUCGUGGUCUAUGUGCUGCUUGGCAACACCAUCACAGCAAGCCGUGUGUUUGUCACGGUAUCAUUGUACAGUGCUGUGAGACUCACAGUCACCUUAUUCUUCCCAGCAGCUAUUCAAACUGCUUCUGAGGGAUUGAUCAGCAUAAGAAGGAUAAAGGAAUUUUUGAUCCUUGAAGAAAUAAAAAAACCAAAUGAGGAUGUGAAUAAAAGUGAACACAACUAUUCAGUUCACUUACAUGACAUCACAUGCUAUUGGGAUAAGACAAUGGAAACUCCAUCGCUGCAAAAUAUUAGUUUUUCUGUCAGACCAGGGGAACUUCUGGCUGUGAUUGGACCUGUGGGUGCUGGCAAAUCCUCCAUUCUUGCUGCAAUACUCGGAGAACUUGCAAAAGAAAGUGGUAUCCUGAAUAUUAACGGCAAAAUAGGUUAUUGUGCACAACUGCCGUGGGUAUUUCCUGGUACAGUUCGGAGCAAUAUCCUAUUUGGCAAGGAAUACCAAAAAUCGAAAUAUGAAAAGAUCAUCACAGCCUGUGCACUGAAGAAAGAUCUGGAGUUACUUCAGGAUGGUGAUCUGACCCAAAUUGGAGACCGUGGUGUUACACUCAGUGGAGGACAGAAAGCUAGAGUGAAUUUGGCUAGAUCUGUAUAUCAGGAUGCUGAUAUCUACUUGCUUGAUGAUCCUUUGAGUGCUGUUGAUGCUGAAGUUGGAAAACACCUGUUUGAACAGUGUAUGACAGGAAUUUUGAAACAUAAACCUCGUAUUUUGGUGACCCAUCAACUUCAAUAUCUAAAUGCUGCAAACCAAAUAAUCAUAUUAAAAGAGGGCCGAGUGGUUCAGAGGGGAAAAUUAAAAGAGCUAAUAAAGUCUGGUGUUGAUUUUGCUUCUCUAUUAAAACAACCUGAAGACGAUGAACAUGCAGAUUCUCAACCGGCCACAAAAGUAACAAAGGAACGUACCCUUUCUCAGACCUCAGUUCUGUCAUUGGUAUCUUCUACGCAAUCACAUAAAGAGAGCUCAAUUGAUCUACCAGGAGAGUCUGUACUCUCGGCAGUACCAGAGGAGAGUCGCUCUGAAGGAUCAAUUGGUUUAAAAAUCUAUAAGAAGUACUUUCUGGCAGGAGCUAAUUGCUGUGUCCUAUUUAUUGUCUUCGCUCUCAAUUUGUUUGCGCAGGUUUCCUAUAUCCUUCAGGAUUGGUGGCUAUCUUACUGGGCUACAAACCAAGAAAGGUUGAACACCACACAAGGAACUGGUCCAAAUAAUAUAACCCAGCAACUGGAUAUUAACUUUUAUUUAGGAACAUAUGCAGGUAUAACAAUAGCUGUGAUAAUAUUUGGAAUUACCAGAAGUUUGAUCAUUUUCAAAGUGUUGGUUAAUGCAUCGCAGGAAUUACAUAACAAAAUGUUUACAUCCAUUAUACGAGCACCAGUUUUAUUCUUUGACAGAAAUCCUAUAGGUCGGAUCUUGAAUCGUUUCUCCAAAGAUGUUGGCCACCUGGAUGACCUGCUGCCCUACACGUUCAUGGACUUCGUGCAGACUUUUCUGCAGAUUUUGGGCGUGAUAGCUGUGGCAGUGUCUAUCAUUCCUUGGAUACUUAUUCCAAUCGCUCCACUUGUCAUUGUGUUCUUUUUCCUUCGUUGCUAUUUCUUGGAAACAUCACGUGAUAUUAAACGCAUGGAAACAACUAGUCGAAGUCCAGCCUUUUCCCAUCUAUCUUCAUCCCUUCAAGGACUUUGGACUAUUCGUGCCACAAGGACAGAAAAAACAUUUCAGGCAAAAUUUGAUGAACAUCAAGAUCUUCAUUCAGAAACAUGGUUCCUUUUCCUGUCCACUUCACGGUGGCUUGCUGUUCGGUUGGAUGCUCUUUGUGCUGUUUUUGUCACAUCGGUUGCUUUUAGUUCUAUUGUAAUUGCAAACCAGCUGGAUGCAGGGCAGGUUGGUUUAGCUCUAUCUUAUUCUAUCACGCUAAUGGGCAUGUUCCAGUGGGGAGUACGACAAAGUACUGAAGUUGAAAACCUGAUGACAUCAGUGGAAAGAAUACUGGACUACACUGAACUUGAAAGCGAGGCACCAUGGGAAUCUUACAAGCCCCCACCAAGUGACUGGCCAACCUGCGGCACUGUGAUAUUUGAAGAUGUCAGCUUUGGCUACAGUCCUGAUUGUGAGCCUGUUCUUAAGGACCUGAACCUCACAAUCAGAUCAAAAGAAAAGGUUGGGCUUGUUGGAAGAACAGGUGCUGGAAAGAGUUCACUUAUCUCAGCCUUGUUUCGUCUCGCUGAACCAGAAGGGAAGAUUACGAUUGAUGGCAUUGUGACCUCAGAACUAGGAUUACAAGUUCUGCGAAACAGCAUGUCUAUCAUUCCUCAGGAUCCUGUUCUAUUCACUGGCACUAUGAGAAAGAAUAUAGAUCCUUUUGACGAACAUACUGAUGAAGCACUGUGGAAUGCAUUGGAAGAGGUGCAGCUAAAGGAGGUAGUCGAAGAAUUGCCACAUAAGUUAAUGGCAGAACUAGCUGAAGCCGGUUCCAAUUUUAGCGUUGGACAAAGACAAUUAGUGUGUCUUGCCCGAGCAGUGCUCAGAAAAAGUAAAAUACUUAUCAUCGACGAAGCAACAGCAAAUGUGGAUGCUAGAACGGAUCAGCUAAUUCAACAGACAAUUCGCGAGAAAUUUGAACAGUGCACAGUACUGACAAUUGCACAUCGACUUAACACCAUAAUCGACAGUGACAGAAUUUUGGUGCUGGAUAAAGGAAGAGUUGCAGAGUAUGAGGAACCGUAUAUUCUCCUUGAGAACAAAGAUGGUUUCUUCUAUAAAAUGGUACAACACAUGGGCAAGACUGAAGCAAUUGCUCUGACUAAGAUAGCCAAAGAGGAACACUUGAAAAGGAAGUCUUUAGAAGAAGCACCAACUGACCAAACAGAAGCCAAUGGUUCAGCAGUUUUAAGCCCCAGUAACAUUGUCUUUGAGACUUCACUCUGAGCAGAGGAAAAGGAAAUUGGAGCACCUUUUUUUAACAAUAAAGAAAAAUGCUACUGGAAAGGAUUGUUUGAACUAAAUAAACAUGAGCUACAAAUCAGCAAAUAUUUGCACCAAAAUAAUUUUAAUUUAAUUUUUUUAUUCCUGAGCCUGUUUUUAUUAUAGUUUGCAGCAUUUAGCUGUAUAACAUUUGAAAUUGAGAUUAUACAAAAAAUGUAUUUAUGCUGUCAUCUAAAAUCAAUAUGCCCUUCAAAAAGAUAACGUCAGAUACAAUAAUUACAGGAAAAAAAAUUAAAAGUUUGGGGAAGAAGACAAAUUUCAUCGUUAACAUGGCUGCUUCUUUGUGAUGGACUGAGUAAUCUAUGUCAAGUUUGAAUAGAAUGAAACUACCCUCACUUUGCUUCUGACACGCUCCUCCAAUUGUUUUUGAUGAUAUGAAAAGAUCAAACAGUGAACUUGUAACCCACUCAUUGUUUCUUACCUGGUCCAUUCAGAGUUCUUGCAGACUCUGGAUAUUUCAUUGUUUCUUUAACCUUUUGUCUGCUCUAGUUCUGAGGUUCCGUCAUGAAAUUUGAAAAUAUGAGUAAAGUUUGUAUUUUGCUCAUUAAUUACAGUUUUUCAUAAUCGAUACAACCAAUAAACCAGCUUUGUUUAUUUGCCACAUAACUGAUUCACAGGUCUACAAUUAAAGGUUUGAUUUUAUUUAGUUGAAUAUCAGAAAAUUCAGUAGUUGAAAGGAAACUUUAUACCAUAUCAGUUUUGAAAAUGUCAAUAUAAACUGAAUUUACAAUUCUGAAUACUACUCUUGUAUAUAAUACAGUUGAUUUGUUUAAUCUUCAGCAGCAAUGGCUUACUACAUUUUGAAAUACUCGAUGCCUUAAUAGUUAUAAUAAAAGUUACCAAAGU